GCUCAAGGGUCUUCUAAAACGGGAAACCGUGAAAUAGGCACAUUUUAAUAGACUUCCAGAGAGAAUGACAACAAGAAAAGAGAAGACCGAGCCCUCUAAGUGGCCCUUGGUCACCCUUUCACAACAAUGGUUAGCAGUUCUCUUGUUUUAAUACGACAGGUGUGCGGAGGGGAAAUCCCUCCUUUCAGAGGGAAAAGGGUAGAGAAAGGUGAAAUCAGAGAGAGGCAACAUCUGGAUGCCAAAGGAUCAGCGGCUGGGACAAGCCCACACACACACAGGCGGAGAGAAGAAGAAAAGCCCAACUCGGCGGCGCAGGAGGAGGAGUCCCUUGGUCCGCGCGGCAAAGGGAUAGCCGCGAGCUACCUCGAAAGCUUCAACGACACCACGUGUGCGGCUGGGCCAGCCACCACCACCAUCGCCUCUUCAAGGAGCUGAAAAGCGUCUCCAAACAGAAGCCCAGGAUGCAGCUCCUCUAGAAGGAAUCUCAGAUCGGGGACCGUUAUUACGACCCGUAACCAAGACAACCACUUCCGCGCCCGUAAAGGACGGAGGAAGCGGCUGCGCGCUUGCGCCCAAGCCGCCGGAACUCAGCCCGGAUCCACCCCCAACGCGAGGAGCAAUGCAGGCUGGGAUCUGUAGUCCAGAGGCAAGCCCCGCCCGGGUCCUGGAGGGAAAUAACUCCGGGCUCCGCCCAUCCUCCUCGUAGUCACCCAAUCCUCGCAGCCCUCAGAGAGCCAACGAACGUCAGCCUCGACGUUUUCCCGCGAGAAGUGUUUACUAAUACCCUGGAGCGGGAAGGGGUGAACCUCGGGGUAGAGGAUAGUUGUACUGCGGGCCUGCUCCUGGGCACUUUUCACCGGAAGAGCGCGACCGGGGUCGGGGUACCGCGCUGCGGAGCAAGAUGCUCAAGUCCAAGACUUUCUUAAAAAAGACGCGGGCGGGCGGCGUGAUGAAGAUCGUGCGCGAGCAUUACCUGCGGGACGACAUCGGCUGCGGCGCGCCCGGGUGCGCUGCGUGCGGGGGUGCGCACGAGGGGCCGGUCCUCGAGCCGCAGCCCCUGGACCCGGCGAGCAGCCUGUGUCCCCGGCCGCACUACUUGCUUCCCGACACCAACGUGCUGUUGCAUCAGAUCGAUGUCCUUGAGGACCCUGCCAUCAGAAAUGUGAUUGUCCUGCAGACAGUUCUGCAAGAAGUGAGGAAUCGGAGUGCUCCAGUAUAUAAACGGAUCAGAGAUGUGACUAAUAACCAGGAGAAGCAUUUCUAUACCUUCACUAAUGAGCACCAUAGAGAAACUUAUGUAGAACAAGAACAGGGAGAAAAUGCUAAUGACAGGAAUGAUAGAGCCAUUCGAGUAGCAGCAAAAUGGUACAAUGAACAUUUGAAGAAAAUGUCAGCAGAGAAUCAUCUACAAGUUAUCUUCAUAACAAAUGACAGAAAAAACAAAGAAAAAGCCAUAGAAGAAGGAAUACCAGCUUUCACCUGUGAAGAGUAUGUAAAGAGCCUAACUGCUAACCCGGAACUCAUAGAUCGUCUUGCUUGUUUGUCUGAAGAAGGGAAUGAAAUAGAGAAUGGAAGAAUAAUAUUUUCAGAGCAUCUUCCUUUAAGUAAGCUACAACAAGGCAUAAAAUCUGGUACAUACCUUCAAGGAACAUUUAGAGCCAGCAGGGAAAAUUACUUAGAAGCUACAGUAUGGGUUCAUGGAGACACUGAAGAAGAUAAAGAGAUAAUCUUACAGGGACUUAAACAUUUAAACCGAGCUGUUCAUGAAGAUAUUGUGGCUAUAGAACUUCUUCCCAAGAAUCAGUGGGUGGCACCAUCUUCUGUGGUUUUACACGAUGAAGGUCAAAAUGAAGAUGAUGUGGAAAAAGAAGAGGAGAGAGAACGCAUUCUUAAGACUGCUGUAAGUGAAAAAAUGUUAAAGCCUACGGGUAGAGUUGUAGGAAUAAUAAAAAGAAAUUGGAGACCGUAUUGUGGCAUGCUUUCCAAGUCUGAUAUUAAAGAGUCAAGAAGACAUCUCUUUACCCCUGCUGAUAGGAGAAUCCCUAGAAUUCGAAUAGAAACCAGACAGGCAUCUGCAUUAGAAGGACGGAGGAUUAUUGUUGCUAUUGAUGGUUGGCCCAGAAAUUCUAGAUAUCCAAACGGACACUUUGUAAAAAACUUGGGUGAAGUUGGAGAGAAAGAGACUGAAACAGAAGUUUUGUUGCUUGAGCACGAUGUUCCCCAUCAGCCAUUCUCACAGGCUGUUCUUAGCUUUCUUCCAAAGAUGCCCUGGAGCAUUACUGAAAAGGACAUGAAAAACCGAGAAGACCUGAGACAUCUGUGUGUUUGUAGUGUGGACCCACCAGGCUGUACGGAUAUAGAUGAUGCUCUACAUUGUAGAGAACUUGAAAAUGGAAACUUGGAGGUUGGUGUUCAUAUUGCAGAUGUUAGCCAUUUUAUUAGGCCAGGAAAUGCUUUGGAUCAAGAGUCAGCCAGAAGGGGAACAACUGUGUAUCUUUGUGAAAAGAGGAUCGACAUGGUUCCAGAGCUGCUUAGCUCUAAUUUAUGUUCCUUAAGAUGUAAUGUUGACAGGUUGGCAUUUUCAUGUAUUUGGGAAAUGAAUCACGAUGCUGAAAUCUUAAAAGUGAGGUUUACCAAAAGUGUCAUUAAUUCAAAGGCUUCCCUUACAUAUGCUGAAGCUCAGAUGAGAAUUGAUUCUGCAGCCAUGAAUGAUGAUAUUACCACUAGUCUCCGUGGACUAAAUAAGCUAGCUAAAAUUUUGAAAAAAAGAAGAAUCGAAAAAGGGGCUUUGACUCUUUCUUCUCCAGAAGUUCGAUUCCACAUGGACAGUGAAACUCAUGAUCCUAUAGAUUUGCAGACCAAGGAACUCAGAGAAACAAAUUCCAUGGUGGAAGAAUUUAUGUUACUUGCCAAUAUCUCUGUUGCAAAAAAAAUUCAUGAAGAAUUCUCAGAACAUGCCCUGCUUCGAAAACACCCUGCUCCUCCUCCAUCAAAUUAUGAAAUUCUUGUUAAGGCAGCUAAAUCCAAGAAUUUGGAAAUUAAAACUGAUACAGCCAAAUCCUUGGCUGACUCUUUGGACCGGGCGGAUUCCCCGACUUUCCCAUAUCUCAACACUCUCUUAAGGAUAUUAGCCACUCGCUGUAUGAUGCAGGCUGUGUACUUCUGCUCUGGAAUGGAUAAUGAUUUUCAUCAUUAUGGCUUAGCAUCUCCAAUAUACACACAUUUUACUUCACCCAUUAGAAGAUAUGCAGACAUCAUCGUCCAUCGGUUGUUGGCUGUGGCUAUUGGCGCUGACUGUACUUAUCCAGAGUUGACAGACAAACACAAGCUUGCAGAUUUAUGUAAAAAUCUCAAUUUCCGGCACAAAAUGGCUCAGUAUGCCCAACGUGCAUCAGUGGCUUUUCAUACUCAGUUGUUUUUCAAAAGCAAAGGAAUAGUAAGUGAAGAAGCCUAUAUUCUGUUUGUAAGAAAGAAUGCUAUUGUGGUGUUAAUUCCAAAGUAUGGUUUAGAAGGUACAGUCUUUUUUGAAGAAAAGGACAAACCAAAGCCAAAGCUUAUUUAUGAUGAUGAGGUACCUUCCCUUAAAAUAGAGGAUACAGUGUUCCAUAUAUUUGAUAAAGUUAAAGUGAAAAUCAUGCUAGACUCAUCCAAUCUCCAGCAUCAGAAAAUCCGAAUGUCCCUGGUAGAACCACAGAUUCCAGGAAUAAGCAUUCUGGCUGAUACUCCAAACAUGGACAGUGAUGAACCAGAGAGAAAGAAAAAGAAACAUGAGAAAUAGCUAUAGUCAACAAAAAAACUUCAAAGACUGGUUUCCGUAAAACAAAACGAAAACAGAAACAACAAAAAAAAACCUGAGAGAACAUUUUUAAACCUAAGAAGUAUGUGAUACAGUUUGUUACUUUUAAAUACAUUUCAAUGGUUUUAAAAAUUUGCAUUUUUUUUAUUGAACUGUUUGUUGACCAUGUCUGUCCAUGUACUUCAUUUUGGGAUUGAACAGAACUAUUUAUGCAUAAAAAUUCAAUUGAAUAUCCAUCACUUAAAUAGUGACAAGAUAGCAACCUCAGGGAUCUGUAAAGAUCAUUUAGAUGGAGCAUUCAUCUGCUCACUAAAGGACAGAUUAACUUUAUAUAAGUAAUUUGAUUACUUGAUAUUAAUAGAAAAAACCUAUCAUUUUCCUAUGGAGGAAAGUAGAACAUUUUUAGAAGUCAGAAUCUGUUUAGAACCUGUUUCUAAAUCAUGAAAGCUAUCCAGGUUUGGUAUGGCAGUUUUUAGAUUUCAAGACAAUGACGUCAAGAUUUGUCAAGGAAUUCAGUCCUUUGCCAUCUUUAUCUAAUUUAUGUGAAUUUCCUAUAAACUUUUACCAUUAGAAGUUUCCUGCAUUCUUAUUAGUGGUCCUUGAACAGCUGUGAGUGUCUGGGAAUUGAAUGUUAUAGGAAGGCAAGUAGGAUAUUUUGAUCGACUGGAAAAAGUUUUUAAUAUCAGGUAGUAAGUAUGAUCAUCAUCAUCCUUGACCUUUAGCUCAGACCUCCCCCCAAAUAAGGCAUUAGGGGCUCAGAUAGCAAAUAGAAAUGGCACUUUAAACGUCUGCAUCAUGUUAUUUAUAAAAAGCAGGUUCAUGAGUGACUUUUAAACUAUAUAUGUAUCAGGUUCUGUGGGAACGGGGAUUGUCUAAUGACCUAUUAAAAGGAACAGAAUGAAGUAAAGAUUACAAUUUGGUGUGCCUUAUUCAACCACAAAGAUUAGUAAUGUUUAAGUAUUUUUUAAGAAUAUUUUGAUUCUUAAUUUUAUUUUACUUUGCUUAUUCAAUUUGUAAAGUACUUACAAUGUACCAGGCUUAUCACCAAGUCAAGUAAACUAUUUCUGCCUUAAAGGAGCUUGCAGUAGACUGAGAAAGGACCAGCAAAUACGUCAGCAGGUAUAACUAAGUGGGAAUAACUACCACAUGUACAUUUAGGCUGUCAAUUAUUAUUGUUCCAGUUUCCUACUGCUGAGGGAAUCAUCCAUACAUUGAGGCAGAACUUGUUUCAGUUGAACGAAGGUAACUGUGAGUGGUCUUGAGUCCAAGUAAUGGGCUAACAUCCAAGAGCAGGUGUCAGUGAGCCUUUUCUCUAAAGGACCAGCCAUGUUAGACUCUGCUAGCCAGUCUUGGCUACAACCAUAGUACUCAACUCUUAGUGUGAAAGCAGCCAUAAGACAAUACAUAAACAAGCAUGGCUAUGUUCCAACAAAACCUUAAAUUUAAAUUUUGUAACUCUCGUGUCACAAAACCCAUUUGAUUUCCACCUCCCUACCAUUUAAAAGUCCUUUGCUGACAGCCCAUGGUUUACUUGCAGCAGAAGGAAAGGGAGGCUUCUUGGUUAAGGCAAUAGCUAACCUGUCUUUCCAAGUUUCUUUUCUUGGGUCUCAGUCUAAAGCAUUAGUCCUUAUUGGGUAGUUCAAGUGACCAGAAGAAUCCUUAUCUUUACUCUAAAACCUCAUCCUAAGUAAUCUAAAAUGCUUCUAAUGUCAGUUUCUACGCUAAGCAGUAUACAUAGAAUAUUACAUUUAAAAAGCCCUGUUGGGUAAGACUAUAUCCCCUGCACCUCCCCACCAUUUAAUAGAUGAGAGGACUGAUUAAGGUUUUCUGGCCCAGAUCAAGAAGUAAGUGACAGGAGAAUUUGAAUCCAAAGUAUAAUUACUACGUCCUUGUUUCUUGUACUAUUAAAAAAAACAUAGCCAGGGAGGCUCCUACCUUUACAGCACAGCAGUUGCUAUUUAAGUUUAUAUUAAUUGUAAGCCUGUGUGAUUAAGGACUCAACUUCAUAAUGGAGUAUCUUUAGCAGUGGACCUAGUGACUAACAGCUGGGGGAGAGGAGGAGUUAAGUACACAGGAAGAAAUGGUCUUUAUAGGUUAGCAAGUUACAACGUGUAAAACAGAAAAAUGACACAAUGGUAGUAUUUAUUAUUUCCUAGGGCUGCAUAUGAAUUAUUACUCCCUUUUGAAGAUGAUUUUUAAAAGGUGGUUUAUAAAUACGAAUAUACCUUCUCUGGAGGUAAAGAAUAUUUCUGAAAAAUUUCUGUAUUACUUUUACUCCCAGCAGGAACAUAAAUUUUGAAAAAACUAGUUUUGUGUCUGCCCAACCAUAAUUUAAUAGGCCUAAAGCCCUACAGACACUCCACCAUUGCCCAGUCCCCACUGUUUUUCUUGGUUCUCCCAGGUUAUUUCUCUCCCCAGCCAAAUUUUAGCUGGAAAGGAUGUUCCCACCCUAGGGGUAGAGAUUUAUAUCCUGGGCAUCCUAUACUUACCCCACCAAUAAUAUGUGAUGUUAAGAUGCUGUUAGUACUAAUUUUCUAGUAGGUACAUUUAUUUUUUUAAAUUUUAUUUAAAUUCAGUGUGUGUAUAUAUAUAUAUAUAUCUCACUGGUUUCAGAGGUAGAAGUCAACUCAUCAGUCUUAUAUAAUACCCAGCCCUCCUUAAUGCCCAUCACCCAGUUACCCCAUUUCCACAGACCUCUCCCCUCCAGUGAUCCUCAAUUUGUUUCCCAUGAUUAAGGGUCUCUUAUGGUUUGUCUCCCCCUCUGAUUUCAUAUUAUUUCUCCCUCUCUCCCCCUAUGAUCCUGUUUUGUUUCUUAAAUUCCACAUUAUGAAGUGGGCUUAGCAUUUACAUUUUUAAAAGUAGUGAACAGUAAUGAUUGGAACCAAGAAUUUCUACACAGAAAUAAACAAAUCAAGAAUGAAAAAUUCUGGAAACCUGCUUAAAUCUCCUUCCUACCUCUUUAAGUUUUAUAGCGAAUUCAGAUUGAUUUUUCACAAAGGUUAUAUAUGUAAAUUCAUCUGUAUAUUCAUGUAUCUUUACAUAAAAUAGUAUGCUUAAUAUUCACAUGUUCUUAAGACUACUGCUAAAUUCAGUGCUGUUGGUAAGGUUUACUAAUAAGCAGGUCACUGACCCUCUGGGACAGGAGCAAAGUCCUUGCUCUCAAACUUUUUAUUGUUAAACACAUCAAUCAAGGUAAGUACAAAAAUAUUUAUUAAUGAAAAAUACAGUUGUACUUCAAUGAGUUGAAAGUUCCAGGAGCUUUUCUGUUGUUCCCAUGUCAUUAAAUUAAGCCCUUGAUUUUUCACAUUAAGGGGGGAAAGAAAGCUAAUAAGCAUGUUGGUUGAAGCAACUUUCUCCCAAUCACGAUCAUAUUAUUGAUCCUGUGUGUAAAAAAUAUGUGAGGAGCCACUGAGCGAUGGUCUUUGGUUCGGAGAGGUAUGGGCUUCUGCCUUGAGGAUUGGCUGUUUUCAUUCAACACCUCUGUGUUACAUGUUCUUCCUGUGGGGGGAAAAAUAUUUGCUGCUUGAACAGGACCAUUCAAGGGUACAACUACUAUGUUUUAAACCUGAAUGCAAAUUUCCUUAUGAAUUCUAAUAGGACAGUGAAAAUAGGGCUUUCUGUGAUCAAUAUUCUGACCAAAAAGUCCUUUUCCUGGACCCUAAUGCUUGCUUGCUUUGAAAUGAACAGCUGUAAUUCCCCGGCAAAAUGGAGGAGAGGGAAAUUAAGGUGGCCUCCAUAUUCUGUCUUAAAAUUCACUUGGAGAGAGCUAUGUUCAUUUGCACACUUGCUGGUAUUUAUUGUGUUUAUGAAUAAAUGGCAUAUCAAAAUCAAA